AUGGCAUUUGGGUUUGGAGAAGAAAAGAUCAGCGUUGACACCUGCUGGAAGACAUCUGCCCACCCCUCAGCAGAAGCUGUGUUGGCUUAUCCUGUUCCAGACAAGCAGUCCUGCCAGUUCCUGACAUCUUCUCCCACAUACCUGCCCUACCUGGCUCAUCAGAACGAGCUGCCCUUCUCCCCAGCCAGAGAGGAGCAGCUGCAGCAGAGGCGAAGGGCUCUCCUCCAGCUGUGGAUACCUCCCAGUGUGCUCCAGCUUGCCUGUGCUCCCCUGCAAACCCCACGUUCCAGCCACUUUCUGCAGCAAAGAGGUGGGCCUCUUUGGCCUCAAACUGUUGCUGGGACUGAGAUUCAGGUUACAGCAGAGGUAGUUUUCCUCUGUGCCUCCUUCUUUCAGAAACCCCUUUCCAUGCUCCAGACGGUUUGUGUGUCUCCACCAGGGAGCUGGACUUUAAGGGACUCUGGUUGCCACCGUGAUGGCAGACAAACAAGCUGGAAGUGUGGAUUUGUCAGAACUAUAAUCCAGCAUCCACGUCCGAGGCAUGACCCAAAAGGCCCAGGGAGAGCAAGAAUGUUGAAGAAAAUCCAGAUAUGCCUCUGCUUCUGCUUCGUCUCAGGCAUUUUGUACAAGAUCUCCCUGCUGUCUGGUUGCUUCUUCUCCUACAUGCCCAUGCCCAAGCCCUUCCUGACACCUGAGCAGGUCCUGAGCCUGGGCAAAAGCAUCAUCUUCCUGGAGACAACAGAGCGCCUGGAGCCACCCCCGCUGGUGUCCUGCUCCGUGGAGUCUGCUGCCAGGAUCUACCCGGAGCGGCCCGUCAUCCUCUUCAUGAAGGGACUGACCAACCACACGCCCCUGGACCUCAACUCCAGCUACACAGCCUUCUCCCUUUUGUCUUCCAUGAGGAACGUCUUCAUUUUCCCUCUCCAGAUGGAAAGUGUCUUCCAGGAGACCCCUCUGCUCCCGUGGUACAACCAGGUAAUCCCGGAGGAGGAGAAGAACUGGGUGCACGUCAGCUCGGACGCCAGCAGGCUGGCGCUCAUUUGGAAGUACGGCGGCAUCUACAUGGACACAGACGUCAUCUCCAUCAGGCCCAUCCCUGAGGGCAGCUUCCUGGCGGCACAGAAGUCCCAGUUCUCCAGCAACGGCAUCUUUGGCUUCCCAGCCCGCCACAGGUUUAUCUGGGACUGCAUGGAGAACUUUGUCCUCAAGUACAACGGGAACCUCUGGGGGAACCAGGGGCCCUAUUUAAUGACAAGGAUGCUCAAAACCAUCUGCAACCUGACAGAUUUCCAAGGCACCGAGGACCACAGGUGCCAGAACAUCUCCUUCCUCAACCCCCAGCGUUUCUACCCCAUCCCCUACCCGGCCUGGAGCCGAUACUACAAGGUGUGGGACAAGAGCCCCGAUUUCAGCCACUCCUACGCCCUGCACUUGUGGAACUUCAUGAACCACAACAGAAAGGUCGUGGUGGCGGGCAGCAACACCCUGGCUGAGAAACUCUACAAAGCCUAUUGCCCCACCACGUACCAGGACCUGAUCCAAAACACCCAGCCCAGGGACUUCACACCCUCUGACGAGGACGCUGCGUGA